GCAAGCUCAGUUUCAUUUAGGUAUAAUCUCAACUGUAAACAAAAAAAAAUGCAGUUCUUUGUAGCAUUGGUAUUCAUUUUUCGGUUCCUACCUGUCUAUAGCGUCACCCUUUGUCGAACCGUAUGCGGCGGCGUUGCUAUAAAAUACCCUUUCGGCGUCGACGACGGAUGCGGCGCCCCGCAGUACCGCCAGAUGCUGAACUGCACCAACGACCUGUUCUUCGUAACACCAUCGGGUCGGUACAAGGUCGAGUCGAUCGAUUACGAGAAGAAAACGAUGGUGGUAUACGACCCCGCCAUGUCGACAUGCGCCAUUCUUCAACCCCACCAUGAUUUCGCCAUGUCGGACGUUCAAUCGGUCAUCAUCCCUCCGACAUCCGACACCGUUUUCGCGCUCCUGAACUGUUCCAUCGACUCUCCGGUGCUAAACCACUACAAGAAUCUCUGCUUCGACUUCGCCGGACAUUCGUGCGACGAGCUCUACGGCGCGUGCAACGCCUUCAGGAUCUUCCAUUCGUCGACGAAUAGCUCCCCGCCGUGUUGUUUCACCGGAUACGACACGGUGAAGUAUAUGAGCAUGAACAUCUUGGACUGCACGCAUUAUACUAGUGUCAUCAAUGCUGAUAGCUUGAAGGGUAUUGGACCGUUGGAUUGGGUUUACGGGAUUAAAUUGUCGUACUCGAUGCCGGACACCGGAUGCGAUCGGUGCACGAGGUCCGGCGGUACUUGCGGCUACGACACCGAGACCGGAGUCAUGAUGUGCCUCUGCUCUACCUCCAUGAAUUCUACCAGAGAGUGUGCUGCAGGUAGCAUGGGAGAUAUAGGAGGAGUUCAAAAGCUUGAUUUUUGGACAAAUUUUCAUGCAUUUGCCUUUGUGUUGGGAGCACUUACUUACUUAAUAAUAUAACCAUAUAAACAUUGUAUAUGGUGUGAUCUAUGUUUCCUUUUCCAUUUACAG